AUGAAUCAAAAUAAAACUCUUCCCUUUCAACUUUGUUUCACAGGUUGUAAAAGAUGCUGUUACCAUUGUAAUUUAGGGUGUUAAUCAUGUUUAAUUUCAAUGAAGCAAUGUUUGGUUCCCUGUUGCCAAACGAUAUGUGAUUUAAUGAAGACUCUAUGUAUUAAAUUGAACAUCAAAUGUUCUCUAUGUUAGAAUUGCUAUUAAUAAUGUUGUGGUGAAAUGUGCAAUUGUUAGUUUCGCUGCACAAACCCUUUCCUUAUCUAAGAUCAGAUUCCUUAAGAGCUCUUUGAAAUUCUUUAGAAUUUUGAUUAUCUUGGAGAAUAACAAAUGUUUUGUUAUGGAAAUGUUCAUGUACUCAAAGAGAACACCCUACAUCCAUCCUCAGAGUUACAUAAUCCGAUCAUGUUUGCAGAGAAAAUCAUUGAUCAUUCAAAUAAAUCGAUGGCAAAGUAAUUGGCUGCUGAAUGGAUUCCAAGAUUGAAACAACGAUUUCCUCAUAUAUUAUAAUUAUAAUUACUGUUACAAAGAUAAGUAGACGGAUUUUUUAGUAAAUAAUACAGAACCUAUUUAUUUUAUGAUUAUAUAUUGGAUUCAUUCCAACAAGAGUUUUAAUAUCGUAUGAAGAUGGAGAAUUAUUUCUCUUAAAAGGAAUUGCUUGCUUAUUUUCUAGCAAUUUUGUCUGGAAUCAAUUACUUGUAAACUUAGGGCAUUAAUCCAUCAUUCAUUGAUUUAAAUGAAGUGUAUCUAACUCAAACUGGAACCAUAAAGCUUCUAGAUCCCUCAUUCUAUCCAAGAAGAUCCCCCAUGCAACAAGUUCUAGAGGAUAUUGCUUAAAGUAAGAAGAUAUACUCAAAAAUAAUAAGAAGAUCAAAUAACAUUAAAUAUUACCUAGCACCUGAACAAUUGCAAGAAAUCAAUACUGGGAAUGACCAGGCUAGAUUAAAUUCUUGUUUGUUUACUCUUGCUAUACAAAUGAUUUAAUAUUCAAUCAUGAAAAGUAUGGAUGAUUGCUAUGUCAAUAAUUCUAUCAAUUUUGAAUUAUUAAGUGAAAGGAAAACCCAAGCAAGCUAAUUCUUAAGCAUAGAUUUUAUGAUGCUUUUGAAUUAAUGCUUAGAAGUAGAUCCAGAUUCGAGAAUUUCAACAUCAUUAGCAUAUUAAUAAUUCAUUAGGUUACCUGAUGUUCAAAUGCUAAUUUUAGAAAUGCCAAAGGAGUUUGGGUUGGCUUAUAAUUCAUUAAUUUUAUAAUAGGAUUUCCAAAUUUAAAUUCCUCAGACCAUAAAAGUAGAACCUUAAUAUAAUGAGAUCAGAGAAUAUUAAUAAUAAUAAUAAUAAUAAUAAUAAUAAAUUAAAUCCUAAAAAAAUGCAUUUGAAGAGUUAUUAAAAUAAAAAAAUUAUUAGAUUGGAUAAAAACAAGAGUCAGUCUUUUCUAAAAUUCUCAGAGAAAAAAACUAUCAAUUUGGCUUUAAACCAAAACCUAAUGUUAGAGAAUAAUUAGAACUUUAUUCGCCCCAAGAUUCAUUUAUUGAUAAAUUAGACAUGUAUCGCUAACAACCAUUAAUUUUGUAUUAAUAAUAAAGUCCUAUGGAAAAAGAAAUAUAAUUGUUUCCAUAAUAACAGGAAUUGGAGAAUCAGGAGUAUAAAUUUAUUAGAGAAACAUACCCAAAUGGUUGUAUUUAUGAGGGAUAUAAACUCAACAAUCAAAGGGAGGGUUAAGGAAAAUACAUUCAUCCCACAGGAGCAUUUUAUGAGGGUUAAUGGCAUAAUAAUAAGAUGGAAGGGAUGGGAAAAUUUUAUAACAAUGACUUUUUAAUUUAUGAUGGAGAAUGGAAGGAAGAUGAAUACCAUGGUCAAGGAAGAGAAUAUAAUGAUGAUCCUGAAAACUUAGGUAUAGUGAACUAUAGAAACUUGAGUAAUAUUGAAUAAAUAUGGAUGACCUAUUAGGGAACCUUUUAAAAUGAUAAAAGGGAAGGUUAAGGGAAUAUGGAAUUUGUCAACGGGGCUGUUUUUCAUGGAGAAUUUCGAAAUGGGUUACCUCAUGGGAAAGGGAAAUAUAGUGAUAAGGAUUAGAGGAUUAUCGGCUAGUGGAAUGAGGGGAGAUUCUUAGAUGAUAUGUGA